GGCCCGGGGGCGGUGGCCGAGGCCCUUCCCUCCCGCCCCUCCCACCGUCGUCCCCUCCGGGCGAGGAGGAGUCUACUGGCGUGCAGCGCCCCGACCUCCGCCUGCAGGCUGUCGGAAUCCAAGGAUCCCUUUCAUUCUCUCUCCAUAUUGCCUGAUGGGAGGCAUUAUGGCCCCCAAAGACAUAAUGACAAAUACUCAUGCUAAAUCCAUCCUCAAUUCCAUGAACUCCCUCAGGAAGAGCAAUACCCUCUGUGAUGUGACACUGAGAGUGGAACAGAAAGACUUCCCUGCCCAUCGGAUUGUGUUGGCUGCCUGCAGCGAUUACUUCUGUGCCAUGUUCACCAGUGAGCUUUCAGAGAAGGGGAAGCCGUAUGUAGAUAUCCAGGGUUUAACUGCCUCGACCAUGGAAAUCCUGUUGGACUUUGUGUACACAGAGACCGUGCACGUGACGGUGGAGAAUGUCCAGGAACUGCUCCCUGCAGCCUGCCUGCUUCAGCUGAAAGGCGUGAAGCAAGCCUGCUGUGAGUUCUUGGAAAGCCAGCUGGACCCUUCUAACUGCCUGGGUAUCAGGGACUUUGCGGAAACUCACAACUGUGUUGAUCUGAUGCAAGCAGCUGAGGUUUUUAGCCAGAAGCAUUUUCCUGAAGUGGUGCAGCAUGAAGAAUUCAUUCUUCUCAGUCAAGGAGAGGUGGAAAAGCUCAUCAAGUGUGAUGAGAUCCAGGUGGAUUCUGAAGAGCCGGUCUUCGAGGCCGUCAUCAACUGGGUGAAGCACGCCAGGGAGGGGCGGGAAGAGUCUCUGCCGGACCUGCUGCAGUACGUCCGUAUGCCCCUGCUGACGCCCAGGUACAUCACGGAUGUCAUAGAUGCCGAGCCUUUCAUCCGCUGUAGUUUACAGUGCAGGGACCUCGUUGAUGAAGCAAAGAAGUUUCAUCUGAGGCCUGAGCUGCGCAGUCAGAUGCAGGGACCCAGGACAAGGGCGCGUCUAGGAGCCAACGAAGUGCUUCUGGUGGUCGGGGGCUUCGGAAGCCAGCAGUCUCCCAUCGACGUGGUAGAGAAGUAUGACCCCAAGACUCAGGAGUGGAGCUUUUUGCCAAGCAUCACUCGGAAGAGACGCUACGUAGCCUCAGUGUCCCUCCACGACCGGAUCUACGUGAUUGGCGGCUAUGAUGGCCGUUCCCGCCUCAGCUCAGUGGAGUGUCUAGACUACACAGCAGACGAAGAUGGGGUCUGGUAUUCUGUGGCCCCUAUGAAUGUGCGACGAGGCCUGGCCGGAGCCACCACCUUAGGAGAUAUGAUCUAUGUCUCUGGGGGCUUUGACGGAAGCAGGCGUCACACCAGUAUGGAGCGGUAUGACCCAAACAUCGACCAGUGGAGCAUGCUGGGAGACAUGCAGACGGCCCGGGAAGGCGCAGGCCUCGUGGUGGCCAGCGGGGUCAUCUACUGCCUAGGAGGAUAUGAUGGCUUGAAUAUCUUAAAUUCAGUUGAGAAAUAUGAUCCCCAUACAGGACACUGGACUAAUGUCACACCGAUGGCCACCAAGCGCUCUGGUGCGGGAGUAGCCCUGCUGAAUGACCAUAUUUAUGUGGUUGGGGGAUUCGAUGGUACAGCCCACCUUUCUUCUGUCGAAGCGUACAACAUUCGCACCGAUUCCUGGACAACGGUCACUAGCAUGACCACCCCGCGAUGCUACGUCGGGGCCACGGUGCUUCGGGGGAGACUUUAUGCAAUUGCAGGCUACGACGGGAACUCCCUGCUGAGCAGCAUCGAGUGCUACGACCCCAUCAUCGACAGCUGGGAGGUCGUGACCUCCAUGGGAACCCAGCGCUGCGACGCUGGCGUGUGUGUUCUCCGCGAGAAGUGACCGGUCCGACACAGUUGGCAGGGAACCAAGGAUCCUUUCCAGAACGUCUGCUUCUCACUGUGUGCACAGGGUGAUUACAGGCACCAGUGCCGCGAUGAUUGUGCUUAUUUGACGCCCCUCGCACUGGUGGUUUUCCCUGAGGAGGGUGGGCUGCAGACCCUCAGGGGAGGAGGCUGCACGCUGAGUGGGUGUGGGAGGCCAGACCACCUCUCCUCCCGGCCGCGGGGGCACUCUCCCCUCGUUUCUGACUCAGCGUGCGCUUGGGAGAACAUACAUUUAAGUUGUGCCUCGCGUGUUGCAGAGAACUAAGGUAUGAGCGCAGCGCCGGGGUGUGGGCGGUAUCCAGCCUCGAUCAUUGGAAGGGUACCAACUCUUGUUUCACAACAAUAAAUAUCUUACCUAGUCUA